GCACCGGCGCGGCGUCCCUACCCAACGGACGGCGACGAUCGCGUUCUCGCGGGCAGACCCGGCGCGCGCGUGUAACCGAUCCGGCAGAGAACGGCCGUUACGGUGCCGAGUCGUUGCCGUAGUAUAAAUAUUGUAGUCAGUGGCAACGUGACCGUUCGCGCACGCCGUUCACCGUCGCGCAGGCACAGUUCUACGAUACCGAUAUAACAUUGGUAAUAAUAAAAACCGUGUAUAACGAUACGUUGCAACACCCGUGGUACUUAUUAUUGUGGUAUACGCAUAAGACGCAUAACAAUAUUAUUAUUCCCGUCGGACGGUUUGUCGCCCUCGCUCGCGUUCCGGGAACUCCGUGUCCGACGCGUGUCGUGCCGAUGCGCGUUUCCGCGGCCGUCGCAGACAGCUGCAGCGUUUUUAGCGUUACAAACUAAACACCGUGGCCCUACGCUACUUCCAAUUUCAUUUCGUUAGCGCGUCUCUACGUAUUUUUCCGAAUAGUCCCCAUUAGAGCUUAUCUCGUGCGUGUGUUGUGUGUUUGUGUGUGUGUCUGUGGCAUCUCUAACUGGAUAUCGUCAUAACGCAGCUACGAUGGAGACCGAAGAGAUCACCAAACUCGUAGAUGGCAUCUAUAAGAAUAUAUUGGAGAAGUUCAAUCCAGGUGCCAGACAAAUGAUAAAUGCAGGAAAGGCAUAUCUGAAAGCACUUCACGGAGCCGCUACAGCUUCCAAGGUAUAUACGGACGCUAUAAUGAGAUUGGCCAAACAAUCUCAGCAAGGAACUUGGGGAGGAUCAGCCGAUAUUGGUUCAGCACUUAUGCAGAUCGUUGAAGUUUACAAAGAAAUUCAAUCGCAACAGCUAAACAUUCUGAAAGCAUUCUACGUCGAUUUAUUAGUGCCGUUGGAGACAAAUCUUGAAAAAGACACUAAAGUAGUACAGUCUGAACAAAAACGAUUUUUACAACAGCAUAAACAAAGAUCUGAAAGUUAUAGUAAGGCUGCAUCGGCUAUGAAAAAGUGCCGUAAAAAGCACAAGGUUGGACCCAAAGCAGGAUUGGCCAUGGAUAAGGAAAUAAAGACUAUGCAAAUCCUAGAAGAAGAAAAAAAUAAAUUGGAUAACUUUUGCGAACAAAGUUUGAAAAAUGCCAUGACACAGGAGAGGCGUAGAUAUGGUUUUGUAUUAGAAAGACAAUGUUCGUUGGUUAAACACUGUUUAGCGUAUCAUACCAACACUCAGUCAAUGUACGAUGAACAUCUUAAUGACUGGCUCGAUGUGGCUAAGUCUCGAGAACGAUUGCCAGAAUCUGUCGAAACCAUGUUCGCAACAAAACUACGACAAGUAAGCUUCUGGCUGGAUGAUGAUGUUAGUUCUCCAAGAAUCGAUGACGAUAGGAUUUCGCUGUCAUCACAAUUGAGAAAAACGAAAUCAAUGGACGCGUCUUGCUUGGAUGUUCGAGCCCUAAAUGAUAUAUCCAGUCCGGUUUUAAAUUAUCCGCUUUCUAGAGCCAAAUCAGAUUUCAAUUUGAACGCAUCAUCGCAAUCUCUGAACAGAAUGGAAAACGGAUCGAGUCCGGGAAAUAAUGGAUCCAGACCAAAGUCAAUGGCGGUAGUUGAUAACGGAUGGGAAUCUCAGGGUGCAAAUCUCGUGCAAGCGACACAUGCUUAUCUGUCAAGCGGUGACAAUCAAUUAAGCUUCCAUGAAGGAGACACAAUCGCUAUAUCAGGAGAACGGAAUAAGGGAUGGCAAUUUGGAGAGAAUUUACGUACUCAGUGCAGUGGUUGGUUUCCGUUGACGUAUACCGAGCCCGUACUGGACGACUCUGUCUUUUCUGAUUCGCCGUCAUCAUAUCGACGAAAGGACUCUAUGGGCCAGUCUACCGUCUCGACCCAUAAUAGAAGUGAAUCAGCAACGAUUGGCAAACAAAACCGUUAUCAAACGACGACACUUACAAGAUUUGGUGAUUCUCUGUCUCACAGAAAUCCAUAUCCGACACGGUCCAGGGCAAACAGUAGAUCGAAUGGUUACGGGAUCAACCCGCACGGGCCUCCACCUCCGUCGGUUCCAGCUCCUGUAGUGCCCCGACAGUAUGGUGGUCACAUACCACCACCGAUCGCAUUUUUCCCACCACCACCGCAGACAUUGCCACCUGCACCCGGCAAACCAAGCGCGGUUGACAAGAGGACUGGUGGAGUCCACCACCAACACGGAAACGCGAGCCUACACAGCAGUAACGAUAGCGGCUUCAGUAACGAUCCGCCACCGGCGCCCGAAAUCGACUAUUCGGAUGACGAAAACGCGAGAACGAUGGUCAAAGAUCCGAAGAAAGACACGGCGGCGCGUUCCAAACAGGCAGCGGCGACUUACAGGUCAUCCGAUGAGGACCGCGGUUACCACCGUCAAGGUCAUCAUCAGAAUCAGACGAUGACUAUGAUGACGGGUGGAAGACAGUCAACGGGCACUAUGAAGUCAUCGUACAACGGUGGCGGAGGAGGGAUGAACACCGGAAGGCGGAACACGGGCACGUCGACGAUGCGGCAGAGCACCAGCGUCGGCCACCUGUCGUCGUUCGGCGACGGCCAGUCUAGGCAUGCAAAUUCGGCGUACGACGAGGACGAAGACGGGUUCAACGCGCAGGGCAAGAAGAUCAAGAGGACAAAGUCCAUGUGGAAAUUUAAAAAGUCCAGCGCGAGCGAAGAAGGGUUGUUGACCGGCAUGUCCAUGUGGAAGCACAGGUCGCUCGUGGACGUGAAUGCCGCAGACGCAGAAGAACAGCAACAACAGCAACAGCAACAGCAGCAGCAGCAGCAGCAACAGCAUAACAACUACAACAAUAAUAACAACAAGUCGACGGCGGGCACGCCUGUGGCCAACAAGAAGUUUACUGUGGCCUCGAGCCGGGACAUCGACAUAGCCGGCGACGACGACGACAGCCAAACGAUAAUGAACGGCGGCGGGUCGUCAACGAUGCGGCGCAUGACGUACGACAACCGUAAACAGCAACAGCAACCGCUGCAGCAUCGGAGCAGGAGAUCGUCCUCGUCGAGUUUCGGCGGUGGCGACGACUCCGAGUCGUGCAUCGUGGUGGACGACCACCUGAAGAACGUCCGGUCCGCACCCGCGCCCGCCAGCCUGUUGCCCAGAACCCGAUUGAUCAAGCAGACGGCCGGCGUCGCGGCAAUCGGCGGCGCGAACGGUCAGUCGCCGUCGGCCGCGCACCACCACCAGCCGAUGAUGAUGCCACCCCCGCCUCCGCCACCGCCCGCCGUUCGUACCGCCACCGCGGACGACGGAUACGCGCAACACGACUCGGACGCGGACAUCCGGUUCGAGAGCUCCAAGCUGCAGACGUUCAAGUAUAUCAACGCGACACACAACGACGGAUGGUACGACUCGUGGGGAGAGAAGCGAAAGAAGUAGGACGCGCCAAAGAACGAACGUGUUUGCGACAAUCAAACUGCGUAAAACCAACACCAACGACCGGUCAGCGCCAAAGAUCAUAUAAUAUAUUAUAUAUUAUUCGUCGCUACUCGUAAAGAUAAAUCAUAGAAAAUAUAUGCAUAUAGCAUAAUAUUUUUAUACAUUUUUUUUUUCGCAAUUCACGCUUUAAAGUGAACAAUUUUCUUCUUCAAAAUAUUUUAUCAUAACAUACUUUUAAUUAUUAUUAUUGUUAUAUUAGUUAGUCGUUUUGACAUACCAAAAAAAAAAAAAAAAAAAAAAAAAAAAAAACACUGUAUAUACUCUCGACAUAUGCAGGCCGAACAUUGCUCAACUAAUCUAAUAGCGUCCGAACUCAAUGUGUACACUACUAUAUACCGUUGUUGAAAAUUUAAACAUUUUCUGACUGUUAGAGGUACCUAUAGGUGUGCAAUACUUUAAAGUUUUUAUCAUAACGUGUAUUCUAUGUGAGGUUACGCGUUUGUAAUUUGAUUUUUUUUUACCAACAACCAGGCCACAUCACCACCGAUAGUAAAUAACACUAUUAUGUGUUGUUGCAAUACGUUUUUAUUUUUCAUUUCGCUUUCUUCGGCAGAUAUACACGCGUAGGUAGAUAUUAUGUAGAUAGGUAAUAUACGUAAAAUGAAAUAAGUCUGUUACAAUAGUUCAAUAGUGUCGAUACGUCAUACUCGGACCGCGUAUACGUUAAUAUUACUCGUAUAUUAUUAGUGAAUAUAAUAACAACGAUAAUAUACGUUGACACGUUGUUUUAGACAAUUAUUUCUUUAAUAAUAUAGUAGAUACGGAUAUUUCAAACGCAAUUUUACAGAGGUGUACAUAAUAUUAUAUUACAAUUAUUAUUAUUUUUUCACGUUGGGUCCGACGGUUUUUUAUUUUUAUUUUUUUAAAUUUUUAUUUGUUUUAUAAAAUGUGUUAUUAUAAUAUUAUAUAUGAACUAUAUUUUAUAUUAUAUUAUUCUUGCGUUCCGUCCGUGUCGAACAUUAUUAGUUAUACAUAAUAACAUGAUAUGUAGGUAGGCGGGCAUUAUACUUAACGGCGUAAAGUAAAGUCUAUAAGGUAAAAUUUACGCGCGCAUACGAGUAUACCAUUUAUCAUUAUAUAAUAUAAUACAUAAACUAUUAAGUAUAAUACGGACUCGAUAAUAUAUCACGAAAAAUGAUUACCGCCCGAUAUAUAUAAUAUAUAUAUACCAAUAACGUUUUCAUAUUAUAUCAUAAUAUACAUUUAUAUAUAUAUAUAUAUAUAUAUUUUUUUUUUUUGAUAAAAUAUCAUAGUAUUAUCGAAUCGGUGCCACACACAUAUAUUAUUAUUGUAUUAUAUACACUUGAGUCGCAAAUGACUCCGAUCUGUAUACCCAUUAUAAUAAUAUGUAUCAUUUGUGGUGACUGCGUAACGUUUCAAUCGCAACAUCGCCAAAAUCGUUGUGCCCAUUACGCAACUGUAUAAUGGCUGCAGGUGCGUUACCCUAUACUUAUUCUUAUAUGUGUAUCACACGUACGGCGUUUACCGAUUUCAAAUUCAAUUCCGUCGUCGGUAGGUAUGCGAAAAACUUCGGGUCCAAGUAGUUUUUUUAUUUCGUCGUCUUUCCAAUCUGAUCGUCGUCGUCGUUACAACCGAGUACAAUAUAUACGCGUAAAUGUGCAAUACAAUAUACACAUUACACAGACUACGGGCCAUACAAUAUAUCGUCGUCGUCGUCGUCGUCGUAUCUCGACCCGACGAGUCUAUAAUCGUUUAGAAAACAUUUGAAAAUAAUAAAUUUAAAUCCCGAUUUCGUGCCGUUUUCGGGUCUGCCCUCCGACCAGAUUAUUAUUUAAACCGCGGUUUGCAAUUUAUUCUCUUUUGAGUCGCAGCCUGGCAGCCCCGUACACGUCCGUUUUAUGUGUACAGCAUCGUUAUUAGAUAUACGUAUUAUACUUGUUAAUGUCUUAUGUGCGCGUUUGUUUUUUGUUUUUAAUUUUAGGGUCUGUAAAUAUCGAAUAACCAUUUUAUACUAUACAGCUUAUAUAUAAUGUAUAAUAGGUACCAUUAUAUUAAUAUUAUGAAGAUCGGUAUUAAUUUUAUGUUUGUUAUUAUUAUCGUCGUUAUUCGAACAAUAACAGUAUUAUAUUACCUAUAUAUUUAUCAAAAUGUAUAUGUACCUCCUACCUAAUUAAAAAUAUCAGUAAUAUUUAAAAACUUCAAAUUUUUCUAAACACUUUUUAUUUUGGCAAUCGAACAUUUUCUAUGUACUUAUAGGUAUACAAUCUAUAUAAUAUUAUUAAAAUUGCAUAUAUUAUUAUUAUUAUUAUCAUUAUUAUAACAAUAUUAUUAUUUCGCUGUUUGAUAGAUUUUUGUACGUAUAAUCAUUUAUAAAUUUAUAUACUACUCGUAUCUUCUAUUUUUUUUUUAUUACUAUUGUAUUUUAUGUAUAUUGAAGGUACACGGGAUAUAAUUAUUAUUAUUAUUAUUAUUAUUAUUAUUAUUAUCAUCAUCAACAAUCAAAGAGUCUGGAUUGGUAGUGCAAACAGACGUGAAACGUAAAUUUUUAUUUACAUUAAAAAAACAUUUGCCAAAUUUUAAAAAAAAUAAAAAUUUGAACAAAUCUUUUAUUGGCUCUAUAGUCUAUAUCUAUAGUAUAUAGUAUAUAUAAUAUAUAUAUAUAUUUAUAUAUUAUAUACUGUACGAUUACUGAGCUAGUCAUAUAAUCGAUCUUAGUUUCGUUUCCGAAAUACGAUUGUACGACCACCUUACUCUUGUGUUAUAUUAUAUUAUUAUAUAUAUUUUUAAUCAAAUACUGUUAUUAUAAUGUAAUCAAUAAUUAGUUGAAAAUGCAUAAAUAUUUUAUUCAUGUA